AUUCUACUUUCAAACACCAGCCAAACAAAAUGAGAACAACCCUCCUAUUCGCCGGAGUAUUUCUUGCCGUCAUCCUCCUCCCGGAGCUGGCUGCAUCCCAGAAAUGCAAUUGUCGUCCGCACCAGUGUUGUAGUAAGUAUGGCUUUUGUGGAACCACAAAAGCUUAUUGUGGAAAAGACUGUCGAGGUGGCGCAUGUUCUCUGCCAGCCCCUCCAAAUAAUGUUUAUGUCCCUGGGAUAGUAACGAACGCAUUCUUUAAUGGGAUUGUUGCUAAGUCGGCACGAAAUUGCCCUGGAAGAAGAUUUUACUCACGAGAUGCCUUUCUUACCGUCAUAAAAAACUAUCCACGUUUUGGUAGAUCCGGUUCAAUCAUGGAUUCCAAGCGUGAAAUUGCGGCUUUCUUUGCUCAUGUUACAUAUUUGACUAAACACUUUUGUUAUAUAGAAGAAAUAAAUGGUCGUUCGAAAAGUUAUUGUGACACAGUCGACUCACAAUAUCCAUGCAACCCUAAGAAACAUUACUAUGGUAGAGGUCCAAUGCAACUUGCAUGGAACUACAACUAUGGUGCAGCCGGAAAGAGCCUUGGGUUCGAUGGGAUCAAUAACCCAGAGAUCGUGGCUACAAACCGAGUGGUUUCAUUCAAAACUGCCUUGUGGUUUUGGAUGGAAAAUGUUCAUUGGGACUUUGCUUCUGGUAAGGGGUUUGGAGCAACGAUCGAGGCCAUCAAUGGGAAUGAAUGCAAAGGAAAAAACCGAGCUGCUGUGAGAUCUCGUGUCACGUACUACAUAAAUUAUUGUAAGCAAUUUGGUGUUGCAACAGGAAGAAAUCUUUGGUGUUAGAUUUUGUUUCGGUCCAUAUAAUGUGGAAUCCAACGUAUUACUUAGCUUAGUGGGCAUAAUAAGUGUGUUUGAAAAUAAGUGGUCUCGUGGUGACAAUGUCUUGGCCGAUAUAUGACCGAAUGAAGGUUGGUGUCAUGAUAAAGAACGAUUAUAAAUAAGUAUUGGUGGAAA